AGAAUGCCAAAAGAAGUACGGUGAUAUUUGUGAAUUUUACAUUGGAAAUCCAAGUAAUAAAACAAGAGGAGUCAUAUUAGGCAGAUCAGAUUUCCUAGAAAAAAUUUAUUCAACAAAGAUACAGACAAGUAAUUUCAUUCACCGUACACCUCCUAAUGAUGGAUUAGAUGAAUACGGUUUUUCAACAAAAGGAAUAGUAUAUAAUAGAAAUUUUGAUACAUGGAUAUAUUAUCGUAAAUUUUUCAUGCGUGCUAUUAUGGCCCCAAAGUUUAUUAAACAAACUUUGGUAUGGACCGAAGGAAAUUUUGAAGAGAUGGAAAGUUAUUGGAAGGAACUUUAUGGAAAGGAUAGCUUCGAAUUGGAUUUAUCUCAAUGGUUACUUCGAUUCACUACGGAAACUAUCUUUCAAAUUACAUCCAAUAAAAAAGUAUAUGCGUUGGCAAAUUAUUUUAAUAAAUUAUCUCCAAAGGGAAAAUUAGGCUUUGAUACCACCGUGUUAAAAGAAUCCGAAGAAUUCAUUCAUAGGGUUGAAGAUUUUAUUACUAGUUUGAUAUAUUUCUUGUUAACACCAAAAUUUUUACGUUAUUUUCCUAUUGGUGGAUCCUAUCAAAGAACCUUAAAAUUACUGAAAGAACGUGACAAUUUGAUCAAUGAUCUGAUGAACUUGGUCGCGAAACGAAGGGAAGAGAUUGAUAACACACCUUUAGAUGAACCAAUCACUCCUGACAUGCUUACCAUGUUGAUCACAGUUAAUACCAAAAGAAGUAUUAUUGAAAAUACUAAUGAUGCAAAUACCGAACCGAUGACGGAUGAUGCUAUUGUUGGUAAUUUUAUGGAAGCAGUUGCUGGAGGUGUUGAUACCACUGCAGCCUCGGCCUGUUAUGUCGGAUAUUAUUUGGCUCAAUACCCUGAAGUAAAAAAACGUGUCUUUGAAGAGAUUGAUUCAAAAUUUACUCGUGAUCAAAAAUUAACAUUAGAAGUUCUAGACAAACUUCCUUAUUGUGAGGCGGUAAUUAGAGAAACUUCUCGACUCCUUCCAAUCGCAGAUCUUAAUUAUCGUAUGAAUACCAAGGAAGAAAUUUUAGGUGGUUAUGUUAUUCCUGCCGAAACUCAAAUUUAUAUACAUCACUAUGGUAUGAAUAAACACAAGGCUCAUUGGUCUAAUCCUGAAGAAUUUAAUCCUGAUCGUUUCUUAAAUGAUCGAGAAAAAUCUAUGAAUUUUCAAUUUGGAGGCGGUAUAAGGAUGUGUCCGGGUCGAAAUUUAGCAAUGAUGGAAUUGAAAGCUUUAAUGGUAUUGAUGUAUCGAAAAUAUGAUAUUGAAUUGGCUGAUAAGAACGUUCCUUUGAAAACUCACUACACUAUUAUUAGGCAUUGUGAUGAAUUCAGAGUUAGACUUAAACCCAGAGUAAUUUAG